UACCUUUCAUAUUCUUAAUUAACUCCCAUUCUUUACUAAGAAUAUCUUGUUUUUAUGUUUAAUUUAUAUAAACUUGUUUUAUUUUAUAUACAGAAUAAUUUAACUAUGCGUACAGUAAGCAUAUUUUAGUAACACUACAAUGACUUGCCUGUGAAUUUUAAAAAAAGGUUAUACUCACGUAUUUUUUAAACGUAGUGUUUGUUGAUCGCCGAUUACUCAGUAUUUUCAAAGUCAACAUAAAUAACAAUUAUGGCUGAGAAGAAAAUUCAAGAGAAUCCACUACCUGAAGAACAACCAACAGAACAAACUAAUCAAGCUGAUAAACCAAAAGAGGUACCAAUGAAAACCAUUCCAGACAAAACUACAACAGUAGUUCUGCCAUCUACACCUCCUGCGGCAGUCUCUCCACGGAUGGCGGUGCCUACAUUCACUAAAACAUCACCAAAUGACUUGUACAGGAGGUUGCUACCUGCUGUUUUGUUUGUGCUAACUUUCGUUACUGUAAUGACUAUGUUGCUGAUAUACAUGGACAAUGUUGCAAUGGGCGCACAACAGUUCCGUGUAAAUAUGUCACGUGACUAUGAACUGGCCCGCAUCCCUCAGGAGUCGCCAGCUCUGGUGGCGUACGUCCGGCAGCUACAUCUUGCGCCACGUGUUUCACAUCAUCAGCCCCAACAACACACACCUACAAGAUCAGUUAAAGUGCUGGAUCAGUUAUAUGGAGAGAUUUACAACGGGACUUUUGUGGAGGUAUUGGAAAGUGGCCCUCGCGACCCUAGCACCCUGUACCUGGGCGCUGCGCGGGGUUGGGCAGGACUGGCGGCCCGCGCCGCCGCGCGAGCUUACCUCUCACUCAAGGGCCGAGCACUUGCCACACUACACGCCUGCCUCAGUCCAACGCCGCAUCCCAGGGAGGUCACAUAUCACGAGUCUGAGAGUCCCGAAGCGGCGUUUAGCUCGCGCGUACUGUGCCUGCCACUGUACACUAUGCUGCUAGCCGCGGACGCCACCCACGCCGUGUAUGUGGUGCUGGACGGCCCUACAGUGCCACCCGCGCUGCGCCACGUACCUUUCGGAACGCCCAACCUGCGCCUGCAGGUGAUCGAGUUCAGAUCUGCAGAUCUCGUCGCACGCAAUCAUACCACAGAAUUCCUCGCAACGAAGAAUUACACAGUAGCGGCUAGCUUUGAUGACAGCAUCAUGUACACCUUGAAGGAGGCUUGAGUAUACUGCAACUAUCUAGCACGUUAAAAUCAGAUCUCUCACAACUCAACGUAGCUUUAAUGGGUAAGUGAAUGUGAAGUGUCGUAAAUAGGUAUACAUAUCCUCGCUAAGAAUCACAACGAUGCAGUGUAAUUUUAUAAACAUAUAUGAAAUGAUUUUUCAUUAUCAGAAAGUAUACAACGAUGUUUCUGAAUUCUUAAAUUUCAUCCUUUAAAACUCUCUAAAUACAAAAACAAAAAUGUUGAUAAUUUAGUUUAAUGAAAAUAUAAACCACCAUGAAUCAAAUUUAGAAUAGUUUUGUCUCAUAACCCUUAUAACACUCUUAAAUAAUACAGUGCUAUCAACUUGAGAUGUUAUCAACAUUGUUAUCAGUACAAAUAAAAUUAUUUUCAAAAUCAAUUCAGUUAUUGUAAAAGGUAAUUUACUAUACUUUACUAUACAACAAAUCAAUUUUUAGUUUGAAACAUUUACUAAGUGAUUCACACAUUUUGGUGAUUGGUACGACCACUGCGAAUAAUAAUAAUAUUUUAUUACUUACUGAACUAAGCUGCACUCGGUACUCAUGUUAUGAUAUUGAAUGGAUAUUAAAAUUGUCUGGUGUGACAAAUUAUGCAGCGUUGGGAUUCCAAGGAUGGCAGCUAUUCUUGAGAAGUUUAAUUCACUGAAUUAGAACUUUUC